CUUGCGAUUCGGGGCUGCGGAACCCGCGCUAUGAAGUGCGUUUUUGUUACUGUAGGGACCACCAGCUUUGACGACCUCAUUGCGUGUGUAUCGGCGCACGACAAUCUGCAAGUAUAAGGAUUCACUGAAGGAAGACCUUCAGAAAGCAGAUCUUGUUAUUAGUCACGCAGGUGCAGGAAGCUGUUUGGAGACUUUGGAGAAAAGAAAGCCACUUGUAGUGGUUAUAAAUGAAAGGUUGAUGAACAAUCAUCAACUGGAAUUGGCAAAGCAGCUACACAAAGACGGGCAUCUCUUCUACUGUACCUGCAGCAUGCUUCCUGGGCUGUUACAGUCAAUGGACUUAUCAACACUGAAAUGUUUUCCUCCUGGCCAGCCAGAAAAAUUUUCUGCAUUUUUGGAUAAAGUUGUUGGAUUACAAAAAUAAACACUAAACUCUCAACACUUUAAAACACCCCUCAAAUUCAACCCGUGGAAUGUGGUUAAAUCAAGUUUAAUAUAGAGUAUAUGUUUAUAGAAUAAUAUAAAUUAAUAAGUCUCCUACAUCUAUAGAAUGUAUAGAAAAUUUUAUUUGUGAAUGUUAGCAUUUGGGUCCAAAUUCUAAUUGCAGUUUCACAAGUUUAUUAGAUUUUUUCCUAAUCUUCAUAUUUUAGUAAAAGAAAUAUGUAGUGAACAUUCACAUAGUUUAUCCUUGAAUCCCAAAGGACUUGGAAUCAUGAAAAAAAGAAUUAAAUAUGAAGGCUUUGACAAAAACCUCAAAUGUAGUUACUUUAUGUUCCUUAAACAAUGAAACAGUAACAGACUUGUAAAAAAACAUUUGAGUCAGAAUCUUUAGCUUCAUACUCCAAGAAACCAAAUUAAAACAAAACAAAACAAAAAUGGGUUGUGUUCUGUGAAAUAAAUUAUAUAAGCUCAGUAAUUACCUUAAAAAGAUUAACUUUCGAGUCAGUUGAUCUGUUAUCCUUCAAGAAAUUAUUAUCCUGAAGAAUAGAGUGGAGUGGAUGUAUUCAUUUUGUUCUUAUAAAGUAUAAAUAGAAAGUGACAGUUAAAUGUCAAGAAAUAAUUUCUAGGGCCUGCCUCAUGUGAAUUAAAAGUCUGGGAAGAAAAGGGUUAGAGAAAUAAAAGGAGGAAAUAUAAAAAUUGCAAGGAAUUUUGUAACGGUAUAAUCCCACCCUUAUUAAUAAACACUGAGUUCACAAUGAUAAAAAAAAAAGUGACAAAAACAAUCUUACCCAAUGUCAAAGCUUUACUGGUUUUAGAGUAAAUUAAAAAGCAUUGGUGCCGAUAGGAAUUGCUAUUUUUUUUUAAGGACCACCCUCUUACAGUGGUAUUGAAACAUUUACUGUAGCAUCAUAGAGGAAUUAUUUAUGUCCUUAUAAAAUUAAUUUUACAAAUGAAUAAAUGAUCUAAGGUGUAUAAGGGCCUAAAUGUAUGGUUUUAAAAGUCACAUAGCUCAAAAUAGAUACUUUAUGAAAUUCUGAACAGGGUAAGUAGUCUAAAGACCUAUAAAAUAAAGUAGAUUAUCCAUAAAUAUUGACAGUUUUUUGGUAGAAAGUUUAGAUAUAACUGUUCCAUAAAAGAGCAUUCACUAUAAAGAUUUAUUUUCGAUAGUAUUAUCCCAAGAUGUUGAAUAUUCUAAACAUCUUACUUGGGAUGCAUUAAAUAAUGCUUUUGUAGAUUUAUUUUCCUGAUUGUGUUUUACUUAGGCUAAUAAUAAAAUAAAUUGUUACUAAUGGUAGAAGGUGGUGGCUGAGAAGUACUCUGGGUAGCAGGAGGAUGCCAACUUGGAUUAAAAUUUUGCUGAGAUUAAUCUAAAAA